CUCAACUUCUGCAAUGUCUUCCCUUCUAUUGUUCAUCUCCAUCCUCCUCCUCUUCACCACCAUCUGCUUCUCUUCACGUAUUCCCAUUCGCUCAGAUUAUGAAGUUAGUCUCCUCUACGAGGGUUGGCUAGUCAGACACAACAAAUUUUAUAGUGACUCAUCAGAGAAGGAAAGAAGAUAUGAGAUUUUCAAAGAUAACCUUAAAUAUAUUGACAAGCACAAUGCUGGUAAUCAUACCUAUACUCUUGCAUUGAAUGUGUUCGCUGACCUUACUGUAGAAGAGUAUCGAGCCACUUUUUUGAGAACCUUACCACCCCGGAAAUGGAAGAUGGAAAAUGAUAGUGAAGCCUUCAAUGAUAAUGUUGGUGUGGCGCCAGACUCAAUAGAUUGGAGAGAUGAGGGUGUUAUUAAUCCUAUAAGACACCAGGGUGGUUGCUUUAGUUGUUGGGCUUUCGCAGUCCUGACAACAGUGGAAGCCGUCAAUAAAAUAGUUACAGGAGAUUUGGUAACUUUAUCAGAGCAACAACUGGUAGAUUGUUUCAAUAAAGGUUGCCAACCAAGCUAUUUAGAUGAUGCUUAUCAAUAUAUUAUAGACAAUGGUGGGGUUGACACUGAAGCAGAUUACCCUUAUACGGCAAAGUAUAGUAAUUCUUGUGAUACGACUAAGGAAAGUAACAAAGUCGUAACAAUUGAUGGAUAUAGGAUGGUUCGUCGUAACAAUGAAAAUGCUCUUAAGGUGGCUGUUGCUGACCAACCUGUUGCUGCUGCUGUGGAAGGUUACGGAAAAAAUUUUCAAUUAUAUGGAAAUGGAAUAUUCACCCAGUUUUGUGGUACAAAAGUAGAUCAUGCUGUGGCAUUAAUAGGUUAUGACAGUGAAGGCGGUAAAGAUUAUUGGAUUGUAAGAAAUUCAUGGGGAGAUGGAUGGGGGGAGAAUGGAUAUAUGAAACUUGAACGUAAUAUUCAAUCACGAAGUGGAAAGUGCGGCAUUGCCUCGUGGCCCUAUUACCCUAUAAAAUACAGCAAUAUGAAAAACAAGGGCAAUACACUUGAAGUGGAGGCAGAAGAGGAAAAGGCAAGAAGAUCAGGAGAAAAAUGAAGUUGGGUGCAUGGAAGGGGUCAAAUAAAACAAUGGAUGAGCGCUUAAUAAUGUUUAAUUAAUUAAUGGACAUUUGUGAUUUGUGUACUCCAAUAACAAGAAAUUGGUACAAACUGUUAUUUCCUUUUGAAAAUCUUGUCAAUUUUUUUUUUCAAGAAA